AUGCGACUUCCUAGUCGUGUUCAGAACGCCUGCACUGUUCCUCAUAUCUCUGCCUCAGCCACUGCAGUGGGCUGUCCUACCGAUUCGUACAGGGUCAUCAGUCUCAUAUGGAACCGCUGCCGCUGUGCACAAUAUGGCUAUCCUUCGGAGAUGCACCGCAUGCGCCAACCUCGAGAAGAUGAAUUGGCCGCAUCUGUGGUGACAGAUGGAUGCGGGAUGGUUGACUGGUUGGAUUUCACUCAUGGCCUGUUUUGGAAUAUGCCCGGACCGCUAUUGCCUAGCUGGCUGAUCUCAAUCCUGAGGUCCGCGGUUCCCAACUUCUUCGGAGGGCGAUGUCCUAGGCGCGCAGCAACGUUAUGCGAUGAACUUUUCGAGGCACAGCGUCUCGAACCGCUUGUCGACCCCCGGAAGCCGAAGGACCCUUUCUUUCCAGGUGCAAGCUCAAGUGCUGCGCAAACAAAUGCUAGAAAUGAAAGGGAAAAGGACCUCAACCGAGAGGCGUUCGCGGCCUUAACUUCUCCCUUCACGCAGGCUAGAACACUCCAGCGCAUGGAGCCUCGUUCGCCGUACACGAUGCAGCAAUCUGCGUUCACUUUCCCAAGGACUACUGCUAGUACUACACGUCAAUCUGUGCCUUCCGCUUCUUCCGUUUUUGGAUCAUCUGCCACUACGCCUACAAAUGCUCUUUCUCGCAGUAACAUACCUCCGCCGAUUGUCACUUCGAGUCCGAAACUCGCAUCUUCAAAUUCGAAUAGAGCCCAGCCGACUAGACCUCGUUCUCAUGCUCAUACUCAUAGCUCGGAUGCGAGUGCCGCAGCUGCCGGUCUGUUAGGUCUUUCAAUAAGCGGUGGCCCUCCUCCGAAUGCAAACCCUCCACCUCCACCUUCAUCGCUUCCGGCAAGUUCGUAUCGUGACCAACGCGAGCGUUACCCGGAUCCCGAUGUUGAUGACGUCGAUGACAAUGAUGAUGAUUCGAUGUAUGUGUUCGAAAUGGAUGAGACGAAGGAGCGAUCGAGAGGGAGAACAAGAGAGAGGGGUAAAGAUGGCGAUGGAAUGGAUGUCGAUACGGAAUGUGUUGAAACGGCGCCGACGAGUGUGGAUUCACAUGCAAGUAUGGAGUCAAAGAUGGAUAGCCCGCCGAAAGACGCAGUUUCUUCCGAGAAGCGGGAACCGAAAGUGGAAGGAACGAAAGACAUUCCUGUCGGUAGUCAAACUGAAGGCGCUUCGACGGAAAAUGAUACCGGCGCGGAACGUGAAGUUGCCUCGUCAGCCGAGAAUGAAGGCGCUGAGGACGGUGUGGACGCUGAAGGAGAGGGUACCGAUGGCAAACGUCACACUUGCCCCCAUUGUCGAAAACGAUUCAACCGACCAAGCAGUCUGAAGAUUCACCUGAAUACUCACACGGGAGCGAAGCGUGCGUACAAUUUCUCCUUCACUCUUAGUGAUUUGUAA